CAUCAAGAUCCUGCCCGCGCUGAGCUCCGCCCCCAUGGCCAGGCUCCCCGGCAAGGAGGACCAGAAGGGCGGGAAGGUCGGUGUCAAGGUCGGGGCGAGAACCCCGCAGCGCAGAAUGCGCUGAGGGCGUAGGAGAUUGUGCGCAGAGGCUCCCUUCCCUCCCGCGCCCACAUGAGAUUCUGAUGAUUAAUGCACACGCGCGCGCGUGUGUGCGGGUGUGACGAUGGAUAAUCCCGUCUUGGGGAAUCAUUUGCCGGGGGCUCAGGGACUUUUGUCUAUAUAUGUGUGUAUGAUGUGUCUGGUCUUGGAGCUCUUUUUCUUCUGGUUUUCUUUCUUUCUUCUGGUUCUGUCUCCUAUUUUGCCUUCGAAUUUCCCGGAAAUCUCUGUAAGCUCAGAUCAAAACAGGGUGGCGCAAAUUGCUCUUUUCUGCAGGGUUGUACUAGAUUACUCAUAUCAAUGUAUCAUACUUCAUUCCAUCUUCACAGAUUUGGCACCGGGGGGCGGGGGUUAUUGGUUGUGUUCCCGUCAAGCGAUAAGGAAGAGAGGAUCCUCACGCAUUACCAGAGUACAAAGGUGCUUACACCAUCCAAAAAUAUUCAUCAUGUUCAAGAUUUACCAUGAGAGUGACGAGCGUCUGCAAAGCUCAACGGCCGUUUCAUUGCAUCAGGGCAUGCCUGUGCUUCAUAUUUCACAUGUUCGAAUCCAUCGCCUCCGCUCAACUCCCAACCAAAUAUAGACAUGACCUCUGCUAUAUUGCAUUUCGCACACAAGACCGUGUCUUUCCGAACAAGAGAGCGGGGUAGAGGCAACGGAAAUGAAAACUGGGAAAAGAGGAAACUUGGAAAGCAGAAAGUGAAGAAAGAUAAAAACAACAACAGCAGCAUAGUAUUGACAGCAUACAUAUGAUGUGCGAACGGCGCCGGGAAAAAAGCACUGUGUUCGGAUACAAGUUUCGCCUUCAAGGCUAGAUUAGUAGUAGUAGUAGUAGUAGG